CUGACGUCAUACUCGGCUGAUCAACAACGCUAACGUACCGAAACUCAUUCUAAAAAAUAUAUCCCGUAAAAUAUUCGUUAAUUUGUAGCUGAAAAUGGCGCAUUGGUUUCACAGAAAUCCAAUCAAAGCAACGAAUGCAGUAACGUUUGACUUUGGUGGUCAAGCUAGCACUCCUCUUGCAAGAAACAUCUGCAGUGAAGCUCGGAGUGCUCGUUCAAACCUUCUCACAAUCUUUGCUGACCCAACCCGUGACCUCACAGUCUUGACCGAUGCUGCUGAGAAGUACCUGUCCAUCCUCAGAGGAUUUGUGGAGCCAACAGUCGACCCCAAUUCCCAGCGUCCUCCAGCUCAAGCCCCUAAUAGUGAAGGUGGAGAGGUUGAGAGUAUGGAGGUGAGUAGCAGUGCAACAGGGGACAGCAAGCUGAGGAAUGCCAUCAAAUUUACAUGGUCUAACACACUGGCUGAAAAACAUUCGAGUCAGCAUGACUUUGUCUUUGAACAGAUCAACAUUCUUUUUAAUAUUGCUCUCUGGCACACCAAACAUGCAGCAGCACUGGCUGGAGCUAAGGAAGACAUUGCCGAAGAUGAUGCAAAAGAAGUGCACAAAUGUCUGAGAUCUGCUGCUGGUAUAUUCAACUACAUUGAUGAUAAGUUAACAGUGAAGUUGUUUGAGAGAACGGGAGAUGGAACUGACUUAGAUCCAAAUAUCAUCAAGGCUUAUGCUCAACAGUGUACAGCAGAAGCACAAGAAGUGACUGUUGCCAGGGCGAUUGAGUUGAAGCACGCCUCCAAUCUUGUCUCAUCGCUAGCGUUUGAGACUGGUAAACAGUUCAAGAUCGCGGAUAACUCACUCAAGGCUGUGGAAGAGAACCUGGUUCAGAAGUGGAGAAAGUAUCUCCAGCUUAAAGCUACAUUCUACCUUUCCUAUGCUCAUUGCUACAACGGUCAGACACUACUAGCUCAAGAUAAAUGUGGGGAAGCAGUGAGAGCACUCAAAGAGAGCAAGACACAGUUUGAGAAAGCAGAUGAUCUUGGAAGGAGCUAUACUUCAACUAAGGGAGCUGGGAAAAGCGCUAAACCUCAUGAACAUGCUUUCUUCAGAAGGCUAUUACCGCUCGUCAGAAGAAACCUGGAGAAAGUAGAGAGGGAAAAUGGAUUCAUAUAUUAUCAGAAGGUACCGGAAGUUGUACCCGAACUACCGUCAAAGGCCACCUAUGGACUAGCCAGUCCUGUUGAAUUCGUCAUGCCAAGCAAACAUGAGGACUGGACUGCCGAGACUUACAAUGGAUUUAAGAUCUCCAAACCAGAUGCUGAGAAGAGAGAAAAGGAGAAGGAUGACGCCCCCAAACCUGUCAAAGAGGUACCUGUCAAUCAGACAGACAAGGAAUCUAGCAAUAGCAGUGGAUGCACCAUCUCCUAGGCAACGGUUACAAUGACAACGAAAUGGAUCAGCGUCCUGUGGUAUUAUGGGAUAGUUUGUUCUGAGCAACUCAAGGGCAAUUAUGUGGCAUAGCAUUCAUUUACAAUGACUUUGAUGUAUGGUAAAUCUCUUCAAUACACACUCUCUAGGUGGUUUCAGACCGCCUCGAAGUUCGUCAGUUCCAGGUAUUCUCUGAUCGGGGAAUUUACCCCAAUCAGAAAA